AUGCAGAGAAGUCAAUAUUCUGAGGCUGAAGGGCAAGUCCAGAAUCAAUUAUCUUCUGGGUUAGAGCCAGAGGAAAUAUCCAAAAUGGGGCCGCUGCACCCCGGGCAGAUGACUGAGGGGUCCGCAUUGCAAGUGCCUGUUACCAAGGGAGAAGAGUCAUUGUCAGCGGGGCCCAUAACCACAUUGGAAGAAAUGAGCAUGGAGGAGCUGAUAGCAGAAUGCCAGCUGCGAGGCAUCCCUUUCCAAUUCUGCACUCGCAGGGAAAUCCUCCAGCUUAUUCUCCAGGAUCAGCGGGAUCCAACAAAAGCGUUCACCGAUUACCGGACGUGGAUCCUUCAUCUCAGCCCAGGGAUGAGUGUGUGGGAACAGCUGGAGUGUCUGGAGGAGUGCUUCAUUGUGGCAGAGGAAGAGAAUGAGGAGCUGCAAUCUGAAUACUGGUACGUACCCUGUGAUUCAAAAGUGACAUUGGUAGCAGAGACUGUUACCAUAAUAUCAGAGCAGGAACUAGAAAAGGAUGUGUUGCACCACCGUAAUACCUGUGAAAGUGUUGUGGACUAUAACUAUGUGCCGAGGGAUGUGCCUGCCUUAAGCCAGGCCCAAGCAACUAAAGAUCAAGUGGAGGUUGGAAGAUGCCGCUUGUUAUCUUGUCUCCUUCACCUGGGUGAAGGCACAGUGCAACCCGCUCCCCUUCCAUCUGCAGAGCAAGAGAAAGUUGUGGAGAUAAUUGUGGAAGCUUCAGUUGUUAAAACCCUGACUGGUACCCCACCAGCUACCCAGCGCACAGGACUGGCGGGGGAGGAGGUUAUCCAGGAGGAGGAGUGCGCAGAAGGAGCUGCAGGACUGUCCAUGUUGGGGUGGGCAGACUGGGUGAAAAGGAGAUAUAUCACCGGCUUCUUCUUCAUGCUGGUCUUCCUCUUCCAGCCAGGUGUUCUUGGCCACCCGCAGUGUCUGGAUUUUGGGCCUCCUUUUAAACCAGUCGUCCACUUAGAAUUUUGUUCCCAGUAUGAUGAGUUUGGCUGCUGUGACCAAGAGAAGGACAACAUUAUAGCCGAGAGAUACUGGUCCAUCAUGGACAACUAUGACUACAAGGAGCAAGAACUGUGUGGUGGAUACGUCAAAGACAUUCUAUGCCAGGAAUGUUCUCCGUACGCCGCACAUCUAUAUGAUGCGGAGGAUCCAAGAACACCUCUAAGGGUCCUUCCUGGUCUCUGCUCUGACUACUGCUCAGAUUUCUAUUUCAAUUGCCAGAGCACUAUCUCCCUCCUGACUGAUGACAAACAGAUAAUGGAGUCUGCCAAGGACAGAGAUCUGUUUUGCAAUCUGCUUGAAUUAACAGAUGAAGACUAUUGUUUCCCAGAAGUGAUACAGAAUAUGGACCUGAACAACAACCUCGGGGCUGUAGUUGAGGACCAAGAAGGAUGCCUUAAGAUGUGCUUAGAGGAGGUGGCCAACGGGUUGAGGAACCCGGUCUUGAUGAUCCAUGCCAACGAUGGCACACAUCGAAAGUUCAUAGCUGAGCAGGUUGGCAUCGUCUGGGUCUACUUACCAGAUGGUGGGCGAUUAGAUGAGCCCUUUUUAUACCUGCAGGAAAGUGUGGUGACAAGUCCAUGGCAUGGGGAUGAGCGGGGUUUCCUUGGAAUGGCUUUCCAUCCAAAAUUCAAGUGGAAUGGGAGGUUCUACGUUUACUACUCUAUACUGGAUGAUGAAUACGUGGAGAAAAUCAGAAUAAGCGAGUUCCGCGUCAUGUAUCCGGACAUCAAUAGGGCGAAUCGAAAGUCUGAAAGGAUUCUUUUGGAGAUAGUAGAACCAGCCAGAAGCCACAACGGGGGACAGUUACUGUUUGGUGUUGAUGGAUAUCUGUACAUAUUCACAGGAGAUGGAGGGCAUCUUGGAGAUCCAAAUGGAGAAUUUGGAAAUGCCCAGAACAUAGGCGUCUUGCUGGGUAAAGUUUUACGGAUAGAUGUAGAUGGGGAAAGAGCUGCCGGAAAACCCUACGGAAUCCCACCGGAUAACCCAUUUGUAUCCGUACGUGGGGCCGCCCCAGAGGUGUACGCCUACGGAUGUAGAAAUAUGUGGAGAUGUUCCGUGGAUCAAGGAGAUCCGGUCACUGGAAGAGGCAGAGGACGGAUAUUUUGUGGGGAUGUUGGCCAAAGUCGAUAUGAAGAAAUCGAUCUCAUUGUAAAAGGAGGAAACUACGGCUGGAGGGCCAAGGAGGGCCCGGAAUGUUUUGACAUAAUGCUCUGCCUCAACUCCUCAUUGCAUGAUAUUCUUCCAAUUUUUGCUUAUGGGCACAACGUUGGCAAAUCAGUCACCGGCGGGUAUGUCUACCGGGGGUGUGAAUCUCCAAAUUUAAAUGGCCUGUACAUCUUUGGGGACUUCAUGAAUGGUCGGCUUAUGGCCCUGCAUGAGGAUGUGACCAGGAACACAUGGACCAAGCAGGAUAUCUGUAUGGGAGACGCUACAAUCUGCGCUUUCCCAAAGCUCAUCAACACGUACAGCAAAUUCAUCAUCUCGUUUGCAGAAGACGAAGCAGGGGAAAUGUAUUUUCUCUCGACAUCUGAACCAACGUCAUUGUCUCCGUAUGGAACGUUAUAUCGGCUUGUAGACCCUGCCAGGAGGGCGCCCCCGGGAAAAUGCGACUACAAACCUUUGCCAGUCAAAGCCAGGAGUAAAGUGAUUCUGUUUGCUCCACGCGAAAAAACUGUUCUUGAAAUCCUCAGAGAGGAGAUAAAAUCGGUGAAGAAACCUGUUAAGGUUCUAAAAAAGCCAGCAAGAACUACAACGAGAUCCCCUGUUAAGACGACGACUCCUACAGCACCCAUCUCAACUCCACCUUCAUCCACUUUUGGCUAUAAACUACCCACAGACAUGACUACACGGCCACCUGUCGCCAAAGCCACAGAGACAACCCCAAAAAUGCCCCCACCCAAGAAGCCUACAAAGAAACCAAAGUCUGCUAAACCUCCAAAGCUAAAUGUAAAAGUUAAAAACUCAAAAAAAUCUAAGACUGGCUUCAGAAAAUCCUCACUCACCAAGCCCACUAAGAAGCCAAAGCCUAGUAAACCCCCCAAACUAAAUGUAAAAGUAAAAAAGUCAAAGCAAUCUGUGUCCCCGACGAAAAGGCCAAAGGUUACUGUGAGAAGCAAAGCAAAGGAUGAGAAAUCAAAAACUGCCUCCGAGGAGUCCAAAAUUAAGAACAAGAAGAAGACAAGGCCGACAUCUGAGCCCUCUUCGCUCUCCUCGGGAGAAAGCAACUUAGCAUCUUCAUCACACAAGAAAAGCAAAAAUCCAAAGGACGAAUGAAAGACUCAAUUUAAAACAAUACAAUUAUUUGGUGUUCGCCAAUAUACACUACAACAACAUAUGUAUAUCCAGGCGGUUUAAGAGAGGAGGGGGCCCAUGUGUAGGCUCCGAUUGGGCCCUCUCCUCACCGGUGGUGCAGUAGACUCUGGCAUUGUGCUAAGAAUGGCCAUCAAUGGCUCAAAACCAUUGAUGGUCCACAGUCAAUGUUGAAUAGUUUUACUAUAGAGGUUCAUAUGGUUUCCCGCCAUUGAUGAUUGCUGUGGACCCGAUGCUUCACUCACCCCACACACACUGACACAGUGCUGCACUGUUAUACCCUCCAACAUGACCCAUUCCAUUAGGUACGAAAGGCUCUGUUCCUGGACCUCCUUGCAAAGGUGGGGCUGCAUCGUGGUUCAAAAUUCAAAUAGGGAAGUCACACCAACUGCAGUGAGUGCCGGACGGUGAUGUCUGGCUGUGUUUGGGGUGGUAACCAUCAUUGGAGGGUAGUACGAUGGCCAUCCCUACAUUGUGCCAGAGUCUACUGCACAGGUCUCCUUGAACAUGGCGCCCAUGCCUUGUUCCCGAGGACAUCUCUACUGUGUAUGCAGAAAUGACUGGGAAAAUGGCCGCAGUGGCCAUUUUCCUGGAGAUUUCUGCAAUUCUGCAGACAGCGCCAGGUAGACGGAGCAGUAAGUAUAAUUAUAUGGGUGCACGGUGUGUGGACUCCCAGGGGCCCUUGUGCUCCGCACACCUUGCACCCAUUACAGAUACGCCACUGGAUGUAUGGCAGUUUAAUAGCCUAUAACCAACGUGCGGUAUAUGCCAGACCGCUGCGUGUAGGCCAUGGGUUUUCAACCUGGGUCUUCAACCUGUGGCCCUGCAGCUGUUGUAGAACUACACAUCCCAACAUGCACUGCCAUAGUUUUGCUAUUAAGGCAUGCUAAAACUGAGGCAGGUGUGUAGUUCUACAGCAGUUGGAGGGCCGCAGGUUAAGACCCAUGGUUUAGGCCAAUUCCAACGGUAAAAUCAGAUGUGAAAUAAUAUAGUUUUACUCUGCGGAUUACUCAUGUGAUAACCUUGGCGAGGAUGGAGGUGGGGGGUCUUGGAGUACUGUGUUCUGCCCAACAUAAAAUCAAAUAAAGGAACAAAAAGCCUCCACUUACACUCCUGAGCCCAGCCUACCAGUCCUCUAAGGCAGUGGUUCUCCCUCGUUUACCACCUGGGUAUCCCCUGGCAGCCUGUUACAAUUACUUGAACCUACAGAAUUUACAAAGCAAUACAUUUUUAUCAGACAUAAUUGUUAUUAGAUAAAAUGUUUAUGUGUCACUACUAUAUAUAACAAAGCAGUAAAUAUGCUAUAAACAAGAUUCAAAAAAUGACACAAGAAUAGAUAGAAUUGCACACACAUCGGCCCUCAUUCCGAGUUGUUCGCUCACAAGCUGCUUUUAGCAGCAUUGCACACACUAAGCCGCCGCCUACUGGGAGUGAAUCUUAGCUUAGCAGAAUUGCGAACGAAAGAUUAGCAGAAUUGCGAAUAGAAAUUUCUUAGCAGUUUCUGAGUAGCUCGAGACUUACUCCUACACUGCGAUCACCUCAGUCCGUUUAGUUCCUGGUUUGACGUCACAAACACACCCAGCGUUCGCCCAGGCACUCCCCCGUUUCUUCAGACACUCCCGCGUUUUUCCCAGAAACAGCAGCGUUUUUACACACACACCCAUAAAACGGCCAGUUUCCGCCCAGAAACACCCACUUCCUGUCAAUCACAUUACGAUCACCAGAACGAAAAAAAAACCUUGUAAUGCCAUGAGUAAAAUACCUAACUGCAUAGCAAAUUUACUUGGCGCAGUCGCACUGCGGACAUUGCGCAUGCGCAGUUUGCGACUAAUCGCUCCGUAGCGAAAAAAAUUAACAAGCGAACAACUCGGAAUGAGGGCCAUCAUUCUUACAUAGGUCCCCUCUUGGUUGCCAUUGGUUACUAGGGUAAUAUAUAACAGUAUUGGGCAGACCCUUGUACCUGCAUACAGGGGCUGGCUAAGCAGGGGGGCAGGGUGCCAUCUGUCCCCCAGACCAGUGCAAUUUAAGGGUUCCAGGGCCAUUUUAGCAUUGCAUUCCCUGGGAGAAGCUGGGUCACUUGUUUGAGUCUGCCCCCAGGCUGCAAGUCUCCAGCCGCCCCCUGCCUGCAUACACUGACAGCUGUAACUGAUCUUUCACGCUGACGUUUGUAGAACUGCUUGCACCUGUAGUGCCACAAAUGUGUGCAUCCCAAAUGUUGUCCCCACCGUAAAAAAAUAAUAAUAUCCACGUCAUAAUAAAAAUAUUAUUAGCUUGUAGCAAAUGCAACUAUAGCGCCACUCGUUCCAAGUACAAUAACGAAUAACACACCUAGAAUUAAGAACAUAAAUAAUAUUGCCAUGGUAAUAAUAACAAAAUAACAUGUCUGGCCUAGUAGAAACAAUAUAUACAAUAAAUAAUAGUGAUCCUAUUAGUAGAAGUGAAACAUGAAAUAGUGGUGUCUGGUGUAACAUGAUAAAGUAGUAGUGACUGCUUAAUAAAUAAUAAUGGCCCUCAUUCCGAGUUGUUCGCUCGCAAGCUGCUUUUAGCAGCAUUGCACACGCUAAGCCGCCGCCUACUGGGAGUGAAUCUUAGCUUAUCAAAAUUGCGAACGAAAGAUUAGCAAAAUUGCGAAUAGACACUUCUUAGCAGUUUCUGAGUAGCUCGAUACUUACUCUGCCACUGCGAUCAGUUCGGUGCUUGUCGUUCCUGGUUUGACGUCACAAACACACCCAGCGUUCGCCCAGACACUCUUCCGUUUCUCCAGCCACUCCCGCGUUUUUCCCAGAAACGCCUGCGUUUUUUCACACAGACCCAUAAAACGGCCUGUUUCCGCCCAGAAACACCCACUUCCUGUCAAUCACACUACGAUCACCAGAACGAAGAAAAAACCUUGUAAUGCCGUGAAUAAAUUACCUAACUGCAUAGCAAAUUUACUUGGCGCAGUCGCACUGCGGACAUUGCGCAUGCGCAUUAGCGACAAAUCGCUCCGUUGCAAAAGAAAAAUAACGAGCGAACAACUCGGAAUGAGGGCCAAUAUGCAUGUUGGCUCUAUAAGUCAUACUUAGCUGGAAUUGGAUUAUAGCAGUAGAAGACUAAAAGGGACUUAUCCAAUUAGCGGCGAAAGUGCUGCGGCUGCAAAAAAUGGGGGGUUUUCAAAUGUUUUUAUCCCCCCAAUUCUAUUAGCCCGCACAAAAAAUGAUAAGCUGCGGACCUAUGUACUUUCACUGCACUUAUCACGGAAUAAAAGGACACUCAUUGCAGAUUUGGCUUCACCUGCCAGGUGAACCAAUCCCCCAUUAAAUACUGGGUAUCGGGGAUAAUUGAGUAGCCCACGGCAAAUCCAUUAGCUGCUGUAAAGUACCACCGUUAAUUGAAUACCGGCAAUUGAAGACUUUAAAUAAUUAAACUAUGGAGCCAACAGGUAUUCAUUACAGAUGGUGACAAUAAUGAAUUAAUUAUGAAGAUGGCGCAAUUGUUAUACAGUAUAACUGAGGCAUACUAGUAGUAAUUCUGUGUCUGCCAUUAUUACACUUUUAGCUACCAGGGGUUUCGUUUUAUGAAUUCCAGGGAAAUCAUUAUUUUAUUAAUCCCAUCGCCAUUUUUUAUCUUUUAUAUAAAGGGGAACCACUAUUUAUUCUCCUCAAUGCUGCAGGCGCUGCAAUUUAUUUUCUAUUUAAUUAGGAGCACUACAGGUUUAUGAAUUAUCCCUGUGGCUGUAGGCAUCACUAUUAAAUUCACUGCUGGGGAAAUUAUAUUUUUAUUAUGAGGGGAAUACCAGUUAUUUUUUUUUAAGAUGCAGAGAACACACAGGUGUAUGUUGGCGCUAGUAGGAGGGUAAUUCAGAGUUGAUCGCUAGGCUGCGUUUUCGUACAGCCUGCAAUCAGGUCUGAACUCUGCAUGCGUAUGCAUCGUAAUGCGCAGGUGCGUCGGAUGACUGCACUGGGCAUCGGGGCAUAGCGGCGGAUUGGUGCGAAAAAAGCGAUUACACUGGCGAUCGGAAGGUGUUUAAAAGGUAGAAGGCAGUUAUGGGUGGAAACUAACCGUUAUCAGUGAGUGUUUGGAAAAACGCAGGCAUGUCCAAGCGUUUGCAGGGUGGGUGUCUGACGUAAAUUCUGGUCCCGGACAGACAGAAGUUAUCGCAGCGGCUGAGUAAGUUCUGGACUACUCAGAGACUGCACAAAACGUUUUUGUACCGCUCGGCUGCACAUGUGAUCGCACACUUGCAAAGCGAAAAUACACUCCCCUAUAGGCGGCGACUAUCUGAUCGCAGCACUGCAAAAAAUAGCUAGCGAGCGAUCAACUCGGAAUGACCCCCAUGAACUGCAUGCUGGCAUUUGUAGUGCCACUACAAUGUGCAGUGUAUUUUUACAGUGUUCCCUUUGUACCAACCCACCAGGAGAACCAGAAGUGACCUUGUGCUGGUACUAUCUAGGGGCAGCUGUCCGAUCCUUCUCGCCCUCCAGAGUGCCGAACAAGAUUCUGAGCAGACUGCGCUCAUACAGACCAGGAGGGAGGGGACACUUCUUUAUAUUUAAAGGAUUAACGUUUUUUAAGUUCUGGCUGGCAAGAUCACUCCAACAGUUUAAGCUACUUACCACCUCAGAGACACGUAGUUCUGUUUUAUUGUACUAUUUUAUGUGACCUUAGGUUUGGCACACUGACACACGGGAUGGCUUAUAAGGGUCACAAUGAGGAUUGCAUUUUGGGAAUUACAUUGUUUAAAUUAUGUACUUUGAUGUAUUGCUUGAUCUUCAGUAAAUCACAGUUUACAAAC